AUGCCACUGAAGAAAGUGCUAGACCUGUUGAAGGACCCGGAACACCUAUUCAACUUGAAUUUUCGCUCCGAAUUCGAACGGGCGGCUUGCAAGCGACUGCUACACAACCCCCACUGGCUAACCUGUGGGAUGAAGGCUGUCAUCGGUGCUGCCCGAGAGUGCAUGGACGUUGCGGGAGGACACAUAUCAGAAAGUCUUUCAGCGAAACUUUUCCGGGAAGCCAAGGUACAUCAUGUUUUCUGCUUGAUGGGGGUCGAUACGACUGAGUUUCUUGGUCUUCAUUGCGGCACCUUCUACAAUGUGGGGUCUGGCCGCCGGCAGAUGACUACGGACUUCUACCUCCGAAUAUUCCUACCAACUUUUAGUAGAAAACUGGAGGCUCUUGUGGGAAGCAAUGAGCCUUUCUAUAACCUACUGAUCGCACCCGUGGUGUUGAUGGUAUUCCGCAAGGACACAGGCUUCGGCAGCGUUCGGGAACGCAUCAUUGUGGACCACGUAAUGGCUCACAAGAACCUCUUUCGGCAAGAUCUUAGGCAGGCCCCUAUGGGUGAACUGAGGCCCCUUAAAGCAACAGAGAAGAAAUGA